CACAUACUCAGACAAAGCCCCGCAGGUGGAUUUAACGUGCUGAGGAACUGGGAUGGAACCGAAAACUUCAUCGCCGAUUUGGAGAUGUCGAUCGCUGGGUACCUUCGCACCGACUUGCACGACAAUACCUGAGAAGUCCAUUUCGGGUACUGCAGGUGAAGAGCGGAAAAGGAAUGGAAGGAGUUGCAUGAUGAUACUACCACCCGGGUUUAGAGCGCAGUAUAACACGCGAAUGAGAACUUGCGUAGGAGAGGAAAUAACUGGAAUAGGCAGCUGAGAUAAUGUCAGAACAUCUGAAGGCAUCCCGGCACGGGUAUGGGUCCACGCCCGCAUUGUUUUGUUAGGCUCCAUAAUGAGGGAUAUGUCAAUCCAAACACGAAGUGGGGUCGAAAGCACAGAUGGAGACGAGGCGGAGACUAAUGAAAGCUUGUUUGAACUGGUACUGGUAGUGUGGAACCGGUGGGGUUGGAAUACGGGGGCUGAAGACAAUUGCCAAGACGCACAUGCGAGAAAUUGGCGAGAUGGCGUCAAAGAAGCAUCAGCUAAACGUUUUUCAAGAAAUCGCGAUGUAACGAAUGCAGCGUACCGUAUGAUUCCAAUUCAAGGUCCUUCCGUCCCUGCUCUUCAUACCGAUGCAACAACACUGGAGCUCCCUAGAAUGGCUGCGGUGGGAAAUUUAGCAUGUAUCCAACUCCCAUUUGCACCAAGUUCUUCAAGAAUGGACCGUCGCAAUUCUCUUUCAUGCCGCCUCUGUGGUAGUCGAGGAAGGGACCAUGGAAGGUUUGAUCAAACCUGGUUCAUACACCUUGAUAUUCAUGGUCCCGGCAGCACGAUUGGGGGCACUCCCACUAAAAAUAAAGCAAAAGCGCACGUGGCUCUCAAACUACCUCGGCACUUGAGCAGUUUGCCUGGCAGCCCUUAUCGAUUGUCCAUUCACCUCGCGGCGAAGCUCUGUUCUCCGAUAUUUUACCCAUCAUCAUCGUCUCUGAUCAUGCCGAGAAGCCACUCCCCCACGUCUAUUAUUGGGGCCCCUCAGGUUCUGCUGAAAUGCGCUAGAAGCAAGAAUCAUAUCAGGAAUUUACGUGCGCAAGUCACCGCAUCAGCAUCACGCAUCAACAACCACGUCUGCACGGCAUCUCCCAGUGUGUCAGACGCUCUCAAUCUGAACCUCCUGCGCUUCAAGCAUCAGCUUCUUAGUAUCACAAAGAGUAGAUAA